AUGGUCUCACUUGCCUCGAAUCCCCACUCGCCGCUCGUCGUCACCCCAGGCACGGGUGGCAGCAGCCUCAAACGCAAACAAUCCGACCACUCGUCCGACGCCGAGACCACGGCCUCAGGCCAGUUAAAAAAGCGCAGAGUCACCUUCCACCCCGAAGUCGAUGUGCAUGUACUGCGCGAGUACAAUGAGAAGAGCGCAGAGCUGGUGGGGGAGGAGGUGCGUCGGGCCAUGGAGAAGCAUGCCACAGGCGAGAAGGCAGCAUACGACGGACUCCGAGCCCUCUUCAGGGAAGCACCCACUUCAGCCAACGCGCCAUCCUCGCAACUCCUCCAAAAGUACCUCGUUGCUCUCACUGGCCACACGCCGCAGCUUGACCACAACUGUAAAGGUCUAGUCCAUGCCGUCAUCGACUGCAGUUGGGUCGCCCGCAAUGAAGACUUUGUGCGCUCCUAUCGCAAUUUCCUGCGCUCCCUGCUCUCAGUACAGUCUGGCUACGUGUCAACUGUGCUGCAGAUGCUUGUCGACAUGUUCCUCGACCUGCCGUCAGUAAACGCUAGGCAGCACGACGACCCCCCAAUCCAGCGAGUUCGCCUGCUGGCACGCGUCCACGAGACUCUGAUCUUGAUACUUCGAUACACCCCCAUGGUCAGCUCCUACUUGGCCCCCAUUAUCGCCAGCACAUUUCCCUUUUCCAAUGAGAGUGCCAAGAAGCACGCUGAGUACAUCCGGAACAUAUACCAAGUCGCCGAAUACGCGCCAGAGAUCCGAGGCGAGGUCCUCACGCUAGUGACAGACAAGCUAUGCAAAAUCGACGCGCAGAUGCAGAUGGACAUGGAAGACAUAGACGACGAUCUGGAGGAGCGGCUUGUGGGCGACGCUAUCCACAACGAAGAAGAUGACGACAAUAUGAGUGACGAUGGCUCUGUCUCGAGUCACGAAAGUCUCGAGCCAGAAGAGCAGCGACUCAAGGACAUCAAGGACACCAUGCUCAAGCUUGAUACCGUCAUGGACGUUCAGUUUGCCUACUACGACUCCAUCUUCGAGAAGGGCGACCUUUUGGAGAUGGACCGCACCUACCAGUCUCUCAUUGCACAGUUCCAAUCCAUCAUCAUUCCAACUUACCGAUCGCGGCACACCCAAUUCAUCCUCUUCCACUUUAGCCAAUUGUCGACGGAUUUCAUGGAGCGCUUCGUCGAUACCUGUUCACAUCUGGCCAUUGACUCAAACCGGCCUCCACUACUCCGAGCAUCAGCAUGCGCCUACCUUGCCUCGUACAUUGCCCGCGGCGCCCAUGUUCCCGGGUUUGUUGUGCGCAACGUCUUUGACCUUUUGUGCUCGCAACUCGAGCGUUUGCGUAUGCUGCACGAGCCAAAAUGUACAGGACCUGACUUACGGCGAUACGGCACAUACUAUGCCAUUGCGCAAGCACUGCUUUACGCCUUUUGUUUCCGAUGGCGCGACCUCAUUGUCACGCCCGACGGCUCACUACCCACCGACGCCGACAUCAUGUAUCACGAGGGCGAUUUCGAAUGGCAUCGGUCGACGCUCGAAAUUGUUCGCCGCAACAUCUUCUGCAAGCUCAAUCCGCUCAGGAUAUGCGCACCAGACAUUGUCAAGCAGUUUGGCCGCAUUGCCAAGCACCUCCGCUUUACCUAUGUCGAUACACUGGUGGAGACGAACAAGCGUGUACGGCUUGCCCGUAGUCUUGCCAGCAGCUAUCUCACUGGCAUAGGUGGUCGAGAGACGGCUCUGACUGGCAAGAAGGGAGAGGAGGCGUUUUUGAUGGAUGCGUACUUUCCAUUUGAUCCAUAUGUUCUGCCACGCAGUAAACGAUGGGUUGAGCAUGAUUACGUGCAAUGGCGACCGGUUCCUGGUAUGCCUGUGGAAAAGGACGAGGAUGACGAAGAUGAAGAUGAGGAGGAUGACGACGACGACGAUGACGAGGAAGAUGAAGAAGGUGAUGACGAAGAUGAUAGCACUUCUGAUCAAGACGAAGAAGAGGAAGACGACAGCGAUGACGAAGUAGGUGGAGCGCACGCUGAUGACCUUGAUGACGGCAGUACAGAGGCAAGCGUUUGA